AUGUCGUAAUGACAAUGGAGAUGUCAUCGAGAUAAUAUCCUCCGAUAGAAAUUCGCUACAGAGAAAUUGAUUCAUUUUUAAUGAUAGAGCGGUUAACAAUCAUGUUCAUUUAGUAACAUAGUACAAUGUGUAAUAAUGAAAAUAGUGAAAAAAAACAUGAAAAUAAAUAUAAAAAAAAUAUCAAAAUAUAUUUAUUUUAUGAUAAAAAUUAUAUUAUAUUUUUAGAAAUCAUUUCAUUAUAUAAGUCUUAUCACGCUGACAAACAAUUUGUAAUUUGCAAUUUAAAAUAUAGUUCCGUCUUUAGAAAAUAUACAGUUUUGUAAUAAAAAAACUCUAUAUGAAGACUCCUUUAGAUUAUGAAAAAGAUAUAGGUUAGGUUAUACGUGUAUAAAAUACAAUUUAAAAUGAAUGAAGAAUCAUAUUUCAAGAAAAUGGCAGAAGUAGAAGCAAAACAUACUCUUCACAGUGGUAUUUUUCAUCCUGUUUUACGACAAUGGCAAUCGCCAAAUGUAGAGAUUACAGUUAAUACUCUCAUGUAUCCCAUUUUUAUCUCUGAUGAACAAGAUGCUAAGGAACCAAUUCCUAGUAUGCCAGGUGUUUAUCGAUAUGGCAUUAAUCAUUUACGAAAAAUGUUACAACCAUUAGUUUUAAAAGGAUUACAAUCAAUAUUAUUAUUUGGAGUAUCAAAACAUCUGAAAAAGGAUCAUAUUGGAAGUAAUGCAGAUAGUAUAAAAAAUCCCAUUAUUAAAGCUGUACCAUUAAUAAGAGAAUGGUUUCCAAAUUUAUUAAUAGCAUGUGAUGUAUGCUUAUGUCCUUAUACUAUUCAUGGUCAUUGUGGAAUUUUAAAUGAAGAUGAAAGUAUAAAUAAUAAAGCUAGUAUUGAACGAAUUUCUGAAAUUGCUCUUGCAUAUGCAAAAGCUGGAGCUCAAAUUGUUGCACCAUCAGAUAUGAUGGAUGGAAGAAUAGGUGCAAUAAAAAAAAAAUUAGCAGCAGCAGGAUUAAUGAAUAAAGUUGCAGUUUUAUCUUAUGCAGUGAAAUUUGCAUCAGGAUUUUAUGGACCUUUUAGAGAUGCUUCACAAUCUGCACCUAAAUUUGGAGAUAGAAAAUGUUAUCAAUUACCUCCAGGAAGUAAUGGAUUAGCUGCUAGAGCAGCUGCUAGAGAUGUUGCUGAAGGAGCUGAUAUGCUUAUAGUAAAACCAGGAUUACCUUAUUUGGAUGUUGUUAGACAUACAAAAGAUGCACAUCCAGAAUAUCCAAUGUUUGUAUACCAAGUUUCAGGAGAAUAUGCUAUGCUUUAUCAUGGUGCUCAAAAUGGUGCAAUAAAUUUAGAAAAUGUUUUAAAAGAAGUUCUUUUAUCAAUGAGAAGAGCAGGUGCUGAUUGUAUUAUAACAUAUUUUACACCAUUAAUAUUAGAUAUGUUGCAACCAAAAAGCAAAUAUUAGCAUCAUUAAUGUGAUUAAUAUUUGGUGUAGGAAAUAAAAUAUAUUUAUAAAUUUUA